AUGAAUCUGAACAAGGUUUUUGAGACUAUGUCUCUGGAGGAAGAGGACGUGCCUGUCAAUCUACCGGACUUACCUCAAUUCAGUGCGGUGGAGAGUAACAUGUUGAGUAUCAUUGGAAGAACUUUGAACCCCGACUGUCAAAAGAUGAAAGAUUUGAUACUGGAUAUGCCAAGGAAGUGGCAAGUUUAUGACAUAGUACGUGGUGUGGCUCUGUCCCCAACCAUGUUUCAGUUCAUAUUCAAAUAUGAACAUGAUCUUGAGGAGGUGAUGCGCAAACGUGUGUGGACGUUUAACGAGUGGAGUAUUGUGAUUGAUCGGUGGAUGGAGAAGCCACCAGAUGACUACUUGAAGUAUUUAUUGGUCUGGGUUCAGAUCAGAAAUAUUCCGGUGAACCACUACACAAAGGAGGCUAUUGAGGCUUUUGCAGAUAUCUUAGGCAAAGUGGAUGUUGUUACUUUCGACCCAAGUAAAGCUCAGAGAAAUGAUUAUGUGAGAGCACGGAUCUUCUUUGAUGUCUCACGUCCUGUAAGGAAGACGAAGGUUUUCAAUAUUCCGAGGAGCGAUGCGGUGACCAUCAGGUACGACUUCGAGAGACUACAAAAGAGAUGCUACCAUUGCCAACGUUUAACACAUGAAAAAGAUAAGUGUCCGCUGUUAAUCCAAGAGAGAAGGGACCAAGCUGUUGAGCGAAGGAGGAACGUGUUGGCUAAGAAACAGAGAAGAGAACUGAUGAUACAGAGAGAUGAUCCUCUGUUUGGUGUGUUGAGUGAUGAACAAGUUGGUUUGGAUAGUGUCACGGAAAGGCGUAAAAUAAAUCAUGAGGUGCUACAGAACAUGCGUGAGUAUCUAUUAGCGGCAGAUGAAGAUAAGGACAAGGGUCAUAUCUUUGACUAUUCUUUCAAGAGUGGAGAAAAGAAUCUGAACACUAGGAGGGCAGAGGAUGGAAGUAACUUACAGUUGAAUGCUGAUGGGAUCGUCUCAACCUGGUCUGCGCCCACGGGUUUGAAAAUGACUAAUGAAGUACCUCUCGAAGGUUUUGAAUGUUCAACGGGUUUUAGCUCUGGAUUUAUGGAUGCUAACUCUUCCAGGACUGCAAGAGCUAAGAUUGGGAAACAUUAUAGGCCUCCAAAGCGGAUGCGGAAGUUCAAGACUAAACCUAUAGGUCCCAUAAGUGCAGAGGAUAAAGGGAAGAGGAUUGAGGAUGGUGUGUUGAAGAGCUCGGGUAAGAAAAGAGCUGAAGAGGUGGCGGAAGUUUUCGUUAGAGCGGCGAGAAGGUCAAAACCAGAGGUGGUCCCAAAUGGGGGACUGCCCGAUCAAUAA